AUGGGAUGCUGCUUCUCUCAACAAGACAAGUCAACCGUAUACGAAGUGACAUUGGAUGCUAAUGGUGUUGCCCACCGGGUACCCAAUGGGCAGGGUACUCAUUUUAUUCAUGUUUCUGAAGACAGUGAAACACAUAUGGAGGAAAAGCCUGUGAUUGACGUUGAUCUUUCCAAACCUUCACCUACUUAUAAACAGCCUCCACGGUUUACCUUUUUACCAUCGCGGCCGAGUAGUAAGCGAAUUCAACCAUCCACAGAGGAGAAACCACCCCUGUAA